GUGCCUUGAAAGGUUCUGGUCUUCGACACGUACAGUUUGCAUACCGAACAGCCUUUUCCUCAGCACGUCGAAGGCUUCGUCUCGCGCUUGACGUCCCAACGAGAAGAGUGCAAGACUAGCCAGUACUGCCCUGUGUGCGCCAGGAUUAUCGGUCACUUUAGAGGAAAUUUUCUGCGUUGCGCAAAUCGCGCGGAUUUGUGUCAACAUUACGUGCGUAUAUCCCCGGCCUUAGUUGUAUCUGACACAGAGCGUCGCGCGUUCCGUUCGGGGUGCUGGUUGUCUAUGUCCUCCCGAGUCAUUCCGUGUUAGAGCCCUCGUCGCAGAUUGUCUCUGGGUCUUCUUUGCCAUUGCUCGCAAGUAACGAAGGCAAGGCAUCGCUAUCACACUUAGCAUUUCACGACACACAGAGUUUGUGGACCCAUGACCAACCGUCCAACAACGCGUUUGUCAUACAAGGAUGCUUCAGUGCACUGAGUGCGGUGAAGGUUGCUCGAAUGCCUAUGUAGCCGAUUAACGUCGGGUGUGCAAUAGGGUGGUCGAUUUCUAUGAUUGUUCGACCUCGUGCAUGCCUACAGGAUGCUGAACGAUCUUUGCAGGCCGGGCCUCGUCACGGGACAUCCAGCAGUCCGAUCGGCUCGACGGCACAGCGACGGGUCGUCCCAAGCCGCCCGGCAGCCUCUACACCGCACGUCCCAUCUCCCACGCGCAUCGCGCACACAUGCUCUCGCGGCUUCUUGUGGCAAGUCUGUUUCUAUUCUUGGAGGAUAAGUGGCAAGUCUGUUUCUAUUCUUGGAGGAUAAGUGGCAAGUCUGUUUCUACUCUUGGAAGAUAAGUAAUACCCUUCUUCGGACGCAGUGCCAUAGCUCUCAGGCUUGUCUCAGACCUAUCCAUAUGACGCAUUCACGCAGCCGAAAGUACGCUACCGGCGGCCUCGGCACGCUAGGGCCUCUCCGAUGACUCCUUUUACUGAUGAUCUCUGACCUAUCUCAUAUUUUCUCAUCCUGAUCCUGGUGUACAGUAGGCUUUGAAGCUGCAGAUAAGGGCACAUAUAAGUCCCACUCUUUCUUCUCUCGAGGAAUUCAACUUCCCCAGUGUUGACCCCGAACGGUACGGAGUUCCAACAACAUCGCUGCGAUCUGUUCUUUGAAGGAAUCGGCUAUGUCGGAUCGCAAGCUUCGAAUCGCAAUUGUUGGUGGAGGUGUAUGCGGGCUGACGUGUGCGGUCGCGUUGUUGCGAGAAGGUGUAGAUGUGCAUGUUUACGAAGCGGCUUCUAAGUUUGGCGAGAUUGGAGCUGGGAUAGGUCUUGGCCGCAAUGCAAUGGAGGUGCUCACCGCCCUUGGAGUCUACGACGAUAUUCUCGCACGCGUACGACAGGCGAAUGCCAUCAUGCCUAGUGGCACAUCAGAAGAGAACCCCAACGGCGGGGACGGAAACGACAUGCGCGGCUGGUUCAAGUAUGUGUCGGGCAUGCCGGGGCACAAAAUGGUCUACGACUACGAGUUAGAGGGAAACAACGCCAUGGGCGUGCACCGCGCGACGUUCCUCGACGCACUCGUGCAUCACGUCGACCCUGCGCGAGCUCACUUCCACAAGCGCUGUACGCACAUCACACACAGCGCCGACGGCGACACGACAAUACACUUUCAGGACGGCACCACCGCAACAGCGGACGUCGUACUUGGUGCAGACGGGAUAAAGAGUGCGGUGCGCCGCUUCGUCGCAGGCACGAGCGGCCAGGACGUGGACCCGAAUAUCAAGUUCAGCCGGACGAGGUGCUACCGUGCGCUGAUACCUGCGGAAAAGGCAGCUGCGGCGGGCGUGAAGACGGAUUUUCGUGCGCGACCGACUUGCUUCGUCGGUGAGAAUAAACACCUGAUCAUCUUUACUAUCCGAGGUGGGACUGUGAUCAAUGUUGUCGCCUUUAGCGCCGACAGCGAUUCCGACCCGGAGCACUACCCAUCGCCAUCCACGGAAGCAGUGCAGCAGGUGUCGGUCGAAGAAGUCCUUGCAGCAUACGACGGCUGGGGCCCUGAGGUGCGCAACUUACUGAGCUGCGCAGUAAACCCGACGAAGUGGUCGAUCAACGUCGUCUAUCCACCAAUUCCGCCCGAACGAUGGGCGAGGGGGCCAGUGGCAAUUCUCGGUGACGCCGCGCACGGAAUGUUGCCGCACCUCGGGUCGGGGGCCGGCCAGGGAAUCGAGGACGCAUACGUGCUUGGAAAGUUGCUCAGCCAUCCGCAAACGACACCCGGGAAUGUCGAGGAAGUUCUAAAGGCGUAUGCCACUAUUCGCCAACCCCGAGCUCAGAGGGUCUGGGAAGGGAGCAGGCGAGCAGGUGAUAUAUAUGACCUGCGCGCGAGCGGAGAAGGCAUGCUGUUCGAAGAGCUGCUGCCUAUGAUGACGUACGUCUGGAGCUAUCCGUUGAACGAGGCUUUUGAAGAGGCGGCGGCAUCCCUAACGUCGAAGGGAACCUUCAAGGUUUCGAGCUGAGAUGUACACUUCUGUUGAAUAGGUUAUUGAACGUGAGAUUUAUUGUGUCCAUGCAAAGCUUACUACUUUGUCCCGGCACUUCCAAUCCCCAUUUCUACUACAUACUUCUCCCUUCCUAGCCGCCUCAUCUCCUCAACAACCUCUCCGACCUUUUCAAACUCGAUCCACCGCCGUUUCCCUCU